GAGAAGGCAGAGUAUGCAAUUUCCUUUCCUUUGAGACUGAGGCCCAUCCUAUGCCUUGAUUUACCUCUCACAGGACUCCAGCAGGGGCUGUGAGUGGCUCUUAUUCUGCUUCUGCUUUUGAAAUUGAGUGAUGGAAAAUCCAGGCUGUGUCAGCUAUCAUAGGCAUCACUUCCUAGCAGAGAGAUUGAGCUCGCUAGGGAACAGCAUCCCGAGGGUGGUGAUGGAAGCCUCUUCCCCAGUGUGGUGGAGUUCUGAUUAAGGCAAGAAGAUUUUUGUCUUUCGUAACCACCUUAUUUUUUAAAAUAUAUUACAUAAAACAGCAAUGGCAGGCUGCUGUCAGCUGCGGGCACCAUUGUCUCCUCUCCUCUACCUCAGACGCUUCCCUCAAAAAAUGGAAGAUGCGCUUUCCCGCCAGCUAUCUCACACAACGGUGUCAGCUACUGCACACAGGACUAUAAAGAUGAGGCACUGCUACUACAACGAGAGUGUGGGGUUCUUCUACAACAACAGCCAGAAGGAGCUGACCUCCUACUGGAGGACCAAGGACGUCCUGGUCGUUACCCUGGGCCUGACAGUCAGCAUCAUUGUGCUCCUGACCAACCUGUUGGUCAUCAGCGCCAUCAUUAUCAACCGGCGCUUCCACUACCCCAUCUACUACCUGCUGGGGAACCUGGCGGCAGCAGACCUCUUCGCGGGCAUUGCCUACAUGUUCCUCAUGUUCCACACGGGGCCCAGGACAGCAGGGCUCUCCCUCAAGACCUGGUUCAUUCGGCAGAGCCUCCUGGACACCAGCCUGACUGCCUCGGUGGUGAACCUGCUGGCCAUCGCAGUGGAGAGGCACCAGACUGUCUUCACCAUGCAGCUGCACAGCUCCAUGUCCAACCAGCGGGUGGUGAUCCUGAUCAUCUGCAUUUGGGUCACAGCCCUGCUGCUGGGCCUCAUUCCGUCCUAUGGCUGGCACUGCCUGUGUGACCUGGGCAACUGCUCCAGGAUGGCGCCCCUGUACAGCAGGAGCUACUUGACCUUUUGGGCCCUUUCCAACCUGGUCAUCUUCCUGAUCAUGGUGGUCGUCUACACUCACAUCUUUGUCUAUGUCAAGAGGAAGAUGAUGCGCAUGUCCAAGCACACUAGCUUCCACCCCCGCUACAAGGAGACCAUGAUCAGUCUCAUCAAAACGGUCAUCAUUAUUCUCAGUGCCUUCGUUAUCUGCUGGACUCCAGGCCAGGUGCUGCUCCUGCUGGAUGGCUUGGCCUGCGAGAGCUGCAAUGUGCUGGCAAUGGAGAAGUACGUCCUCUUGCUGGCAGAGAUCAAUUCGCUCAUCAACGCCAUUGUCUACUCCUAUCGGGACAAUGAGAUGCGCAGCACCUUCUGGAAGAUCCUCUGCUUUAUCUGCUACAGGAAUCCCAAAUACUCUGCCGCGUCGGUCAAGUCCAAUGUCACAAAACGCAGGAUUCUCUCUCAGAACGGCCAUUCUAUCAUGGACUCCUCACUGUAGGACCCUAGCUCAGGGUUCAUCCGCACCGCUCCAUAGUGACCAGCCAAGAACAGAGAUCUGGGUGACCUGUUUGUCAAGCAGAAGAACCUUUUUAAAAAAAAAAACACUAAACUUUUUUGAAAGCAUAAAUGUUUGGAUAAAGAGUAGGGUCAGCAGAAUGGGGCGAAAAGCUGUUAAGGCAGUGCCAAGCAGUGCCUUGCUUAGCACCGACGGACUUUCAGUUACAUACCCACUAUUAAAGAGCUGCUGUUUUUAACAGCACUGUUGAUUUAAUGUAGUAGCCUCCAAAAGGCAUGCUGCUUGUUAACCGAGAUGCUUGUACAAGUAUUUCUACGUGAGACAUGUAUUCAUGUCUUCAGUAUUACUACCUAGAGGAAUGGUCGUUCCAAUGCUGUGGUAUUCCAGGGCCAAAGCCCUUUUGCUUAAUCUGUCCUUACUUAUUGAAAUCAGCAAGAGCUUUGCUUGAGACUUUUGCCUGAGAGACUUCUGAUCCACAGAUUUUGAAAAUCCUGUUCUCUUCAAGGUGUCUCUAGGGAAGAUCUAGUUUAUGUGAAUUCCUUUAUGAGAAGCAGUUUGUUACUGAAUUUCCAAGUUUUGUGGGCUUUUCCAGAUUGCCCGAGAAACACCUUCCACUUUCCUGGGCUAGAGGAAGCUGCAGCUAAAAGCUCCAAGAGCAUUGGUGUUUUGUUACGUGUACUACACAGUACUUUAUAGUCUUGACUGCAAAUUCAUUGCCUUUUCAUGAAGAUGCAGUGAGUCACGUUCCCAUGAAACUAACCCUUUCCACUCACUAAGAGCCCUUUCGGCAGCUUUGUGUUGGAGUCUGAGGCAAUCAGCACUUUCCCCUAGUUUUUAAUGUGCAGUUUGUAGCUUAACCCUCAAUUAUUCAAAUAGCAUGUAAACACCACCAUUUCAAACGUGGUCUGAAAGGCAAACCAAGACCUCUUUUUGUCUUGGUGCAGCACAGAAACAAGAAGCAUUUCUCACCAUCAAUAUGCUUAGAGCCAAAUUCUCUGCUGGAGUAACUCCAUUGAUUUCAGUGGAUUUAUGGCACCAGAGUAUUAUUUGCCUCUUGAAAUGUAUGUGAACACUGUGAUAAUAUAAGUUUGAUUGUCAUUUUGGUGCCCCCUACUGGAGGCAGACACUUUACUACAGAGAGAAUAUUUGUGACACUGGCUGUGUGGGAGACUAAACAAUUCUCCGAACUUCUUCAAUGUCAUUAACAAAACUUUAGGGUGAGAUUUGCAAAAGCACGCAGUGUUCGCCUGAGUCUGCUCCCACAGUAGCAAAGGGGGUUUUACCCUUGGCUCCAGUGGGAGCGAUGGUAGACCAACACCUAUAACCUUUAACACAAAAUAUUUAAAUUUUUAAAAAUUAAACAGCCUGAUCCUUUCAGGUGCUGAGCUCCCUCAACACCCACUGACAUCAGCACGUCUCAGGAUCGGGUCCAAUGUUGAUUGGGGGAUUGCCAAUGUUACAGUCGUAGUUACUUCUGUUUAGCUAGAUGACUGUCACUAGCAGUGGCUCAGAAAUCCAGAUACAACUAAGAAACAGCCUUCAGACAUGUUGCAUAGCUUCGUCAUGGUUGGAAGCUGUUACCUUUUAAACUUCCGUGUCAUGGAGCUCAGAGAAAAUGGGCAGUGCUUUGCUUGAUUGGCAGAGGAUUUUUGAUUCUAAAUAUUUUCCACCAAAAAGAAAAGAGAUUAACCCUGUGGAACAGCUGCAGUUGCACCCAAGGGCUUUAUGGCCUAAAUUCUCUACUGGUGCAGAUUAGCACAGCUCCAUUGAAGUCAAUGGCCAAUUUCCACUAGCAAUGAGGUGGAUCCUAUAUUUGUUAACUCCUGGAUUUUGUCACUGAUAGUCUGCUGUGCGCAGUUCAAACCUAACAAUUUUCCUACAGCUUCUGCAAAAACCUUGAAGCAGCGAAGCAAUAAAAGUUCCUCUGUCAGAAAAGCAAAGCAAAAUUAUCUUAGACAUAUUUGUCCAGGCUUCCUCUUUUAUUAACAGGAUAAAAUUAAUUAAAAGUGUUCAUUAGUUGUGGUGUUUAGCUGUGGGAUUGGUACCAAAAUUAUUUCCAGGGGAAAAGCCAUUGACUGUGCUGCAUGCUGGUUAUGAAUGAAUCUUUAUAGUGGAUGAAAUGACAUGCAGCCCUUCAAGAAUUGCAGUUGGCUUUUAUGCCCAAUUGGGCUUUUAAUAAGUUGUGCACAUUCCUCCCAGAGAGGUCAGCUAACUAGCCUGACCUCACCCAGUCUGCUGGGCUGCAGCUGUUGCACUGUUACAGAGAACAAUUAAGUCCACUCUUACAAGUAGUUUCCUGCAGGUGUCUCAGUGGAGGAAGGGAAUUGUUAAUAAUAAUAAUAAUUAAUAAUAAUUUUCCUUUAUUUGACACUUUACUGCCACCAUAUAGAAGCUCAUCUUUGUUUUUUUGUAUUUUUAACUAGUUUAUUUAAAACUAGCCUGAGAACUGAACCUGUAUGAGCAGUGACAGAUUGUUGUACAUGAGUUCUUGUUGGUUCUAAUGGCUUGUGCCAGCCAGACACUCCCCUCUGAUUGCCCUGCCUUAGAGCUUGUCGGUACUUUAUCUGUAACAAUGGAGUUGGAUGGUUGAGUAACGACUAUGCCAAAAUUCAGCCUGAUUUAUUCUCCUUCAGAAUGCACCUCCCCAACCCAAUAAAGACAGCGACUAUAAAGAGAGAGACAUGGCCCAUAUCUCCUCUGAAUGACAGCUAUCACACAUUCUGAAUGGAAAGAGAGUGGCUUGAGUCUUUAAUGAGAUUUCUCUUCCUGAGUGACUUAACCCUUAGAAAUCGAGCUGAUUUCCAAGUAGAUCUAAUAGAUCUGGGAGAGGGAAAAUAAGAAGCGUAGAAGCAAGAGUGGAAAAUGAUGUCAGAUGAAACUUGAAAGGAAAGGGAGAGUCAGUGAGUCAAGAUUGACAGGUGCAGACACAAACCACCUAGCAAUGGAGAUAAAUGGUGUAUAUGGAGUCCACAUGAUCAAAAGAGGACCUGAGGUUGUUCAGUACGCUGUACAAGAAAUUCACUUUCCAGGAAACACAAAGCCCUUAUCUAAUUACAUGGGGACAGGAAGUACCCUUUUAUGUUAAAUUUCCCAUUCUUCUUGGUGAGUCUAACAUGCUUUUCAGAGCAGGUUGUAAUGUUUUCUACUAAAAUGUUAGCUUCGUAAAGGCAACUUACAGACUCCAGAAAUAACUUUCUCAUUGCUCAUGAAUGAGAUGUUGUAAAGUGCAUGUGAGUUUUGUUCUUUGUCACACUGGAUUCAUGACACAUUGUACCUGUGCUGUUCAUUUCACCUCGGUUGUCUUUGCUCAGUGUUCAAGACAAAAAAGGAGGCAAUAUUGACAGCAAAGCUAGCAUCCCUUGCUCUCUUCAUCUCAAGUAGAAAAAUAAUGGAUUUCUAAUGUUGAAGUAUGAACCUCCCUUUGAAGUUUCAUCAUCUACUUUUUCAAACUUCCAAUGAGAAAAUCUUCCUGCAGCCUGAAAUUUGCCAGCAUUGUAUUGCUCUAGAUGUCAGAGAUGCAUGUGGCGAUUACAGACUCGUUGACCAUUGGAAGGAAGGAAGGAAAAGACACCUAGGAGCUAUUUUUAAGGGAUUAGAUAUGGGAUAUGUGAGAACACACAGCUUGAUCAAAGUUAGGGCACGUGGUUCCAGGAAUGAGGGAUCGUGCCUUGCUAGUAGCUGGAAUUCCUUAAGAAACUUACUGCCUAAAGUCAUACAAGGGCAAUUCUGAAAGGAGGCUAACAUUGAAGGUGUAGUGCAAGUUUUGUUUGUUGGAACAAAAACUGGAAGAAGUGGGAGAGAUGAGGAAUUGUUUAAGGGGAAAUUAUUUGUGAAGAUCCCAAAGGCUCACCCAUCCUUCUGCAACUCAGUGAUUUGGGUGAUGGCUGGAUAGUAAAACAGCUGUAGUAUUGUGAGCAGGGCCAACUGAAAGGGAGAACCCUAGCAGGCCAAACUCUCCAGAAACACCUGUGCUCCUCUAAGAGGGUAGUAGGUAUUUUCAAUUCUCAUCUAUUGUUGCUCAGUAUCAAGUAGCUGGGAGCAAUAGAAGUGUAGCGUUAUUUUUAACAAGUAGAGAACACUUGGGAUAGGCAAAGGGAAGUUGUCUAAGGCUAGCUAGGAGACAGCCAGUGCUUAGAGGAUUAUGGGGUCAGUAAAGCAUUGGCUCAAAAAGCUUUUUCUUUCUUUGUGGCUUGGGACAUGUUUUAAUAUAGUUGCAAAGCCUGGCUUCUUUCUGCCAUGGAAAGUGCAUGCCCAACAGAGGUAGUUCAGGAAAGAAAGAUCACAUAGAAAUACUGCAGGAAAGACCUGAUGUAAAGUCAGUGUGUGAGAAGCUUUCCAUUGUGCCCUGUAAAUCAUACACACAGGCAAUAUUUGUUUUGGCUGAUAUAAACAUAAAUACAUGCUAGUCGUAGACAUCAGUUGAGUUUCCUGAAUACAGGUUGCUCAGGGAAUCACAGGUAAAGUCAUUUGACAGUUGCUCUUGUGCACAGCAUAUGGGUGUGAAUGCUACAUGGGAAGCGGAAGUGAAAGGAUCAUCCAGGGCUCGCGUGCUACAGCUCAAGAGCCCUAGUUCCAAAGGAGCCCCUUUUGCAGCCAGAUUUGGCUCUGGGCACCUUGAAACUGUGCUGGGAAGGAAGAUUAAUUGCAUCAAUUCAAUUAGCAGAAACCUUAAACCACAAAAUUUCCUAAUUUGCAAGUCUAAAGUUAGAUACUUAGCUGGUGGAUAAGUAGUCUCAUUUUCAGAUGGGCUUAGCCCAUGCAACUCCCAUUAGUGCCUGACCUUAGGCAUGCAAAUUUUGAAAAAAUUGGCCCAAAAUCUUAUCUGCUCUGCAUGAACAGUAAGCUCCUGAUUCCCAUUCACAUGCCAAAGGGGCGCAGAGGGACCCUGGUGUAAAUAAAGUGAACAUAUGAGACAGUGCUUGCAAGAUGGGUGGCCUUGGCCUAGCUCCCUGCACUUUUUUGCAGUUUGCAGUGACCCUGGCUGCACUGUAAUUGUUACUGUUAGUAAAAAAAAUCUUAUGGGAAUGUCUCCAUUGCUGUAUCUUAGACAGUUGUUCUAAUACUACCUGCCAUAAACCAACCUGCAACUCCUGGGAGUUAGGAGGAGCUUUCCAGCAGGCAAUUUAUCUCAUAACAGCCACUGCAGGGUUGCUGGUGCCUUCACCAGCCACCAUUUGAGACUGGGCUGGCUGGAUGCUUGCUCUGAGCUGGGCUGGCUGUUCCUGUGUUUGUGCAUUCCUAGAACCCCACAGAGACUGUGUCACUGGGCUGAUUGUGAAAGGAGAACCGCCAGCUACAUUUAAACUGUCAGAGCUAUGGUUUUUAAAAGCACUCAGAUACCAAGCUUAUGGGUGUACUACAAAACGAUAGACAGGCAGAGUCAAUGCUGCUGUGGGUCUGUUCAUGACUAUCCCCAAGUGAUUCAAUAACUGACAGUGCAAUAGGAAGGUGGAGACUUCACGCUUGAGAAUUGCGUGUUAUGUCCUUUGAAAAACAGCCAUGUGAAUAAACUGGUAAUUCACAUAUUCAAUGA